AACCAGCAGAGGGCAGCACUGUAUUAACACAUCGCUCUGAUAUCCGUUAAAAACACAGCAGUAUUUGUAUUUGCCCAACUUGACGUUUCAUCGGGAUUGUUUUGAUCCUUGCCAGGGCGUCGUCACUCGGAUAACCACCAGAAAGUGCUAGAACAAACUAUACUCAGAUAGCUUGCUUCAGUCCGAUUUAAGACAUGAAGAAAUACCGAGAGCUAUGGAGAGUAGAUACUGUGUUUUGAGCGAUACCGAAGACUUCCAAACGCUAAUAACAAACACUGAGAACAAUCUCCACUUCGAAAGGUCUAAGACACUGUUUGAGGAAAUCCGUGCCUCCAUCAACAACAAUGAGGAAGAGGAUCGCUCCUUCUGGAGGCCUGUGCUGCCUUGGGGGGGCGUCUUUACUAUUAAAGCAGGGCGAAAGGCUAUAUCCUGCACCCCUCUGUACGUCAAAAUCAACCUCAAAAACACCUGCACCAUCGAUGGCUUCCUCGUGAUCCUGUAUGUGAUCCUCCGGGACAACGAGGGCUUUCCCAGGGAGCUGGCUGUGUUCCUGGGAAAGCAGUUUGUGGAGUACUUCCUCAACCUGAUGGACUCCUGUGACUACACCACAGUGAAGGUGCUGUGGAUCUUAGACAGGAUGUCUAAAAGACAGUACCGCUCUCAGGUGCACCAGGCAGCACUGGAGAUUGACCUUUUUGGGAAUGAGCACGAAAACUUCACAGAGAACCUGGAGAACCUCAUGUCCACCAUGCAGGAGAGCCUGUGCACCAACUGGAGCUGCCCCAGCCGCUUCCAGGAGUUCAUCAAGGUGACCAUCAACACCAGCCCUCCUCAUGAGCUUCCUCACAGAGACCCCAUCCAGUCGGCCGUGGACGAGUUCUUCUGCCCCAAACUCCUGCUCUGCUCAGAACUGGGGUGUGAUGGACUGAGGGAGUUCUCUCAGAGGGUUUUCUGCCAUGGACCCCCACCCUUUGUCAUUCUCAACAUGCAGCAGUGGAAGUCAGAGGAGCUGUCCUAUGUUCCGUACCAUCUAGCUCUCUGCCAGCACAGGUACUUACUAGAGGGCGCCACACUCUUCAACAAGGAGGAGCAUCACUACUCCGCAGCCUUCCAGAUAGACGGCUGCUGGAUGCACUACGACGGUCUGAGGAGCGACAACCUCAUCCUGCUGCACCGGCCCCCUGAGCUCCUGCUGCUCUCCUCUCUGGUCUACAUCCGCUCCUCCGACAAGUGAACUUAUCACACAAACUUCCUACAAAUAUGUUUUAUACGAUUAUUUUCUACUUAUCAUAUCAUUAGUUCUUUUUUGAGUCAUUCCUGGCAGCUUCCUCUGCUGAAUGACGGAUGCUUCCUUUGAGCUGACUGCUUGCAGAAAUCUUAAUUUGCUAAAUUUCUUUUGGGCAUGCUUGGUAUCCAAGAAUAUAAUGGACUAUAAUAGUUCUGGGUUAAUAUGCCUAAGUGACAGUAGCAGUGAGUAAUGCAUAUUCAGAUACCCGACAAAACGAGGGAGAUUGAUGUGUUAAAAACGCCAUGGUUAAUGGAUUACACUCUGAGGGUGCAGUUGCUAUUGUAUAGCAGUAGGGGACGACAAUGACUGUAUAUCUCAUUUCUAUCAAAAUUGCAAGUUUACAAUUUUGCUGGUGUCUUUUUCUAUUUACACCAUGGUCUGAGGAUAAAAACCAACCAAAUAAGGCUGUUGUCCCUGUCCAGGUUUACUCUUUUUGUGUGAAGAUGUCUUAAAUUGGAGGCAGGCAUUCCAUGCAAUGAGUGAGUGUUAAAAUACAAAUAUCUUAUUUAUGUAUGAAGGAUGAGGGCAGUCUGAAGUAUCUUUUUUCUGUCACUACAACAAAGGAAACAUGCAUAUUUACACAUUUAACCUUAAAGGACCCCUAUUAUCCUCAUUUUCAGCUUAUUAAAUAAUAUUGUAUUUGUAUUUUGUGCCUCUAUUGUGGCAUCUGUACAUGCUUUUAAUGUACAUAAAGUUUAUUGUUCUCAUACUGCAGCACCUCUUUUCAGCCUCUGUUUGAAACCAGAGCCCAGCCUGCUCUGAUUUGUCAGAUGGCCGGCUCUGUUGUGAUUGGUCCACUGCUUAGAGAUGUACUGCCUCUAGCCUAUUAUGUACAAUGUGUUGUAGUGCGAGCCUAUAGAAGCGGAAGUGUUACAUAGUGAUGUCAUUAUCUUACAAGGUAAACAAAGGAUAACACACUACAUGAAAGAAGCAUAAUAGGGCCUCUUUAAGGAAUACUUGGCAUUACACAGUGCCUCUGCCAAAGAAAGUUCUGGAAGUGAUGCAUCAGUCAUUGAGCAGCCAAUUUUCUUUCUAUGCAGAAUAAAAAUAUUUUGGAGUACACUUGUAUUGGAUUAUUUUUGUUGGAUGUGUAAUGUGUAUAACAAGAAGAGCCACAUAAAAGCAGACGGUACCUUUUAAGGCAGGCAUUUAUUUUUAAACUGGGUACAACUGCACCACACAAACUGACUAAAAUGUUUGUAAAAUGUCUUCAAUCAAAACAUGAUCAAAUGUGAAAAGCUACGGUUUCUACGCCUAAGGUUAUCUUGUACUUCCAGUAUUAAUCCACAGGAUAUAAAAUUCAAGAUCAUCACCUUACUCCAGACACACAAUGGGGGGGGGUGGAAAUGUAAAAGAAGCAGAGUGGUCUUUUGGCUAACAUUGACAUCAGUUUCAAAGGGUUUUUCUUUCAGACACAAACAGAGUGGCAGUCCAUUGCAGACCAGAGGUGUUAGUCAUCCAUCUGCUUUCUUUGAACAAGCACUUUGGUGAGAGUGGUGGCAAAAACAUGACAUUGGUUAGGCCGUAAUGAAAAUGCAAACUCAAUUUCAACAUCCCUUCUUUUUGCAGAUUCACGUUUGCAGAUAUUUUCAUCAUCGUCCCUCCGAAAUAAGUAGUUAAUAUACACCUCAAAUCAUGACACUGUACAUAACAUUGGUGCUGGAUGAGUCAUGGCUGCAGCACAUAAUUACGCCUGCGUGAUUUGUGCUUUGGCUGUUAAGCAACUAACAAAAUCUCGCACAAUACACAGAAUUAGAAAACAAAAAUCAGAUUACAGAACAUACAAAAAUUAUAAUAAAUACAAAAGAAGUCAUUCACAUCUUUCUUAAUUAACAUUUUGCAGAAUAUCCUUAGGUUGCUUAUUCAUUACUCUUUCAAAAUAAAGCAGAAAUCGUGAAGACAGUACUCUACACUCAACAAGAUGACAAUAUUGCAAGACACAUGUCAUUAGAAGAUCUUAUCUGUAGUAAUGCUUUCCCUAGUCAUUUCGCAAACAUCAACUUUAGAGUACAAGUAGAAGAGCACAUGUCCCUUCUAACAUUUACAAGACGUUUGUGAUGAGAACAGCUGAUUCAAAAAAGAAAAAUACAAUUUAAAUUAGGCCAUUCAUUACAAUUAAUGACAAUCAAUCUGAAUCUGCCUCGAUAAACAUAUGCCUUGUACAAAUGAUCCAGCAUGCACUACAAAAUGACAAAACAGGGUGUGUGGUGGGAUGAGGCAAAGGUACCGUUUGAAGUUCCAUCAGACGUCCACAGUGAAUCAACAGACAUGCCAUGUGGGGUUCUGUUACAGCAAUAUGAGAUGCCUUGGCUUUUUAAAGAGACACAAACAAAAACGCUAUUCAUCCACAGAGAGAACAGAAGUCUUAUUGCAUUAUCUAAAUGCCGUUAUCCUAAAUUAAACAUAUAUACACAAAUUACAAUAUGUAUCAAAUAGUUUGGUAAGUGCAAUGCAGAGCUCCGUUACAGUUUCACCUGUGUGCAGACAUCAGCGCACACACAGAGACUCAAACUACACGUCUUGAACAUUAAGUGACUCAACAUAACACACACCUCACCUAGCAUUUUCUAGCCUAGCGCUCCCUCUAUUGCUGUGCGUUGCUUGACCUCUCUGUUUAGCCUAGCCACCCCCUCAAAGGCUGCACAAUAGUGACACCCUCAGCCAGUCUGGAAGUCCCACACCCAGGGGAGCACUCCCAACACCCAGGACUGGGGACAGAGGGAACAUGGACUGAGUUGGCUGGCACAGCCCUUGGUGCAUUACUAAUACAUUAGCAAUAAGGACGAGAAUAGAAUGUUCCAAAUUGUGGCACACUAAGGAAGCCGUUUCUAGCACUGGAGGUGGGAAAGAGCAAAAAAAAAGUCAUUUUUUGGCACUUCACAUGAAGCUGUGAAUGGAUUAUCUCAAACCUGAGCAAGAUGGGGAUCACAUUUCACGCAGUUUGUAAGUGAAAAGAGCAAGUGUUGGAGCCAAUCAGGGGAUCGAGACAAUGGCAAAGCAUGCUCAUAUCCAGAAACAGGGAGGAUGUGGGGAAGGGAUAAAUAAAAUAACAGAAUCCAUCCAAAAAAAGUGCUAGAUUUCCAACCUUUUAGAUAUUUAUGAGGACAGAAGUUUGCAGUUUUCCAACCGCAGGCUUCCUUCCAGUAGGGCUUUAUUUUAUUGCAUGGUUUAGGGCCAUUCAAUUAUUAAAUGCAAACAAAUCAAAUGAGUAACAUCUUCUAGUAAUGUAGCAGAGGCUGAACAGAGGUUGACCUACUUGUGUGAGGCAACACAGACAAACAGCUGAAUCCUGAAUCCUAAAUAUAGCACCAGUUGGUAUUGUGUACAGACCAAAGGGUGAAAGGAGGGCUAAGGUCGAUUUCAACAAUUGUGAAGAGGAGCAAGUGCAUGACCUGACCUUAGGGAGAUGUAACAGAAGAUAGAACAUGGGGGAUUCAAAUGGCUCCGAGGAUGAAGCAGAAACUGGCGACAAACUCUCUCAGGAGAAUCUGUCACUCACCUCUACACUGACCCUGGGAAUCAAACUACACACACAUCCGCACAUACACACUAGUGACCCAGUGCAGAAAAACAUUUACAGGCAAUGCACUAAAGGAUAUAUUCAUAUAUUUUAUUUAGACUAUUUACAAGAGAGUAAGGCAGCCCUUUUUGAAAAUAUAAAGAUUCCAACUUUUCUCUUUUUUGUGAAGCACUGAUUUUGAUGCAGAACUCCUGGGUUGCUGAGCCCGAGCCACACACACACACACACACACACACACACACACACACACACACACACACACACACACACACACACACACACACA